GGGUACCGUGUGAUAUCUAUUUCUUGGGGAUAUAAAAGCCGAGAACCACGCCGGUGGCCCACGAAUCCGAGUUGCACUUCCGUCGAGUCCGCGUUCUACCAUCGUCAUGAAGGUGAUGUUGAUAGCUCUGGUGUCGCUAUUGGGGAGGUCAUCACUGGCCAGUGUCGAGUCCGCGCCCAUCGGCACCGAUAUCCCGUCGCCGUACUACUACGUACCCCCUCGGGUCCAGCUGCGCCCCGAAAAGACAGUCCCCAGCAGCAGUAGACCACCACCACCACCUUCCAACACUUACCUGCCUCCUCUAAAGCCAUUGCCUUCCUCGCCAGCGGUGCCUACGACGACCACCUCGUACCUACCACCGCCCAUCACCCGGUCGCACCAGCCGAGCACUGAUUACUUACCACCCAGCGGCAGUGGCAGGAGCCCAUCAGUCCCAGAGGUGCCAAGCAAUUACUUGCCACCCCUGCGAUCGGACUACUUGCCACCUCCGACGGUCCAUCCACCGGCGUUCACGACGCGGAGUCAAUACCUGCCACCGAGCAACAUCGCUCCUGUCGCCGACGACAAGACCUCGGGGCCCGAGCACGCGCAGCUUCCGGAGCCGGUCCACGGUAGGGGUCGACCCUCGUCCAGCUCUCCUCCGACGGAGGGAGGGCCCCGUGUCAAAGGUGCCGAGCAAUCGGUGACGGACAAUUACCUGCCUCCCGUCUCUGGAUCCAGCGAGUCGUACGGAGCCCGAGCGAGCGAGCAUUCGACCACGGAGUUAGCCAAGUACGAGUUCGAGUACCGGGUGAACGACGAGUUUGGCAACGAUUUCGGGCACAAGGAGAGCCGGGAGGGUAACCAGGCUCGGGGUUACUACAGCGUCUUGUUGCCGGACGGCCGCAAGCAAGUGGUCCAUUAUCAGGCGGACGAGGCGGGAUUUAGGCCCAGAAUCAUGUACGAGGAGGUGGCCACGGUGCUCGGGCCCAAAACGCCCCGAGUCGUCGCUGCCAAUCGCCUCGACGUCCCCCAAGGGCCCUACUAGUCUACUGUUGCUUUCCACCCCCCCCCCUGCUACUACUCUUGCAGUGUGUAUAGCACGCGACGGCGAGCCUUUGAUUGCCGUUGCUAUUUUCAAGUGUUUACGGGGCGAAAAUCGGUUUGGCUGCCUACGGCGAGAAUCCUGCAGUUGUGAAAUAAUUGAAUGAAAAAACAAACCCAUUUCAAGUCCUUUGUUGCAGAUGACUAUAUAUACCGAAUUGCUCAAUUUUUUGAAAAAAAAANAAAAAAAUUAAAAAAAAAAAAAAAAAAAAAAAAAAAAAAAAAAAAAAAAAGUAAUUGAUGUUUCGAGGAACUGUUCGGAAAGCCGAUUUUGUACUUGUAAAAGUCAGCUCUUCUUGAAAACUUUGUUUUGUUUCUCCCGGUAAUAGUUUGUCGGAGCUUUUCCAGCGCUGGUUCCCGAGGCGCCACUUUGCAUUGUUAUAAUUUUGGUGGAGCAACACGAUAAAGUCUCUUUUGUGUUGAAAUCACAAUACUGGGAAGUACAUCGAUUUGACGGCUUAUGUGUACGAGUUAAUUUUGAUGUCGUUGUUUAAGUGUACUAUACUUUUGUCAUUAAAAAAAAAAAAAAAAAUUAUUUAUUUAUUUGUAUAGGUAUAGGCUACAAUCCCUGUUGUCGUAAAAUGUGAUUAAUGUACUUUACACAGCAAAGCGGGUAAGGAUUAAAUAUUGGGUAUGAAUAAGUGACAAAAUUCUUUACUCUUAGUAAUGACAUCAUUAAUGAUUGUAAUAACAAUAGUAAUAAAAAAAAGGGAAAAAAAAAAGAAUAUUGCGUAAAAAAUACAAAUGCAUGUCUAUAAUGUUUAUUAAACCAAUAAAGAAAUG